GACACGAGCAAUACUAGUUAUCUUUAUCUACCUUUAAACCUCGCAGCUGGAUCGUACUCUAGUCUCCUACAAACAUCCAAGAACCACGAGAAAACAACGACGAGCUCUUCCUGCCAAGUUUUGUUCCACAAUCUCGUCGUCACCGACCUUCUUCAGCCUCGGCCCAGCGUUAAUGGAUCGAUGCGCUCACGCUAGAGCAUUCUACACAUUGGGGCAAAUGGCCUCCUCUGGAAUUGGGAUCUUCUUGAUCAUCCUGGCAUUAGCGACAUCAACAUCGUCCUCCAAGUGCAAGACCUACACCUUCCAAGGCCAGUCCCUGUUUACGGACACGGGGAUCAACCAAAACGAGUUCUACGUUCUUCCCAAAGACAACGCUGGUAGACCCGGAUCAAUGCAGACAUUCGCAGCCCCAUUCUCGGUCUCCACCAAGGGCUAUACCAGGUUAUCCAUGGGGACAUACAUGGGAAUCCUCGCAAACACCGGCCUGGGGAGCUUCCAGUCCUCGCAUUGCUCCUUUGCUGAUGGUAGCAGCCUCGAGUUUCAAGGCGAGGCCGGGAGCUCGACCGCUGGAUCUCAAGCUCUUUUCGCCAUCGUUGGUGGCACCGGAAGAUUUGAAGGAGCCACGGGCACAGCGAAAGAAACGAGCAAAGGAAACAAUCUCUAUGUCGUGGAAUUCACCGCAAAGGUCUGCAAGUCUUGAUCAUAACUCAAUCUGGUUUGAUCAAGACUUAAAGGCAGUUCCCUUUAGGUCACGCUAACAAUCGUUGUUUAAUCU